UAAAAACCCGACAUCUCCAACCAAUAAGAUAGGAAAGACAAAGACCUACGUGCCUGCGUUGCUGGGUAGAUAAAACAAAAACAACAGCGUUCGUUCGUGUCAGAGUUUCAAGCUUGGAUACAACAGACGGUAUCAUUUGAAAUCCUUUUAUUGCACGCUGCAAAAUCUAUUUUUCUGUUGUGAAAUAUGGCAGCUGACUGCGAGGCCUGGCUGAAUGCAAACCCCGUCGAGGCGGAGGACCUGAGCGACUCCUUUGCAUCUGGGGACGAAGACAAUGGAGGAUUGGUUAUUGCCAACAAAAACAUCAACAAUGAGAUUAAUGGCAAUUGGCUAUCCUCAUCUAGCAACAGCAUCCACGAAGCCCGUCUCAAGGCCAAGGCCAAGCGGAGGCUGAGAAAGAACUCCUCCAGGGACUCUGGCAGGGGGGACUCUCUCAGCGAUAAUGGGGAUGUCCGAGGAACCUCUGUGGUACCAACCAGCCCCAAGAGCAAGCUGCUGGACAGAAAGUCUCGAUAUGGCAAGGGAAGAGGUCUGCCAAAGAAAGGUGGUGCUGGAGGCAAAGGUGUGUGGGGCCGAUCUGGUGAAGUUUAUGAACCGGAAGCGGUAGAUGAGAAAGACCCAAAUUAUGACGAAGCUCAGGAAAAUUGUGUGUAUGAGACUGUGGUUCCCCCCCUGGAUGAGAGGGACUUUGAGAAGACUGUCACCCCCAUAGUGCAAGAGUACUUUGAACAUGCAGACACAAAUGAAGUCGUGGAGCUGCUUGCCGAACUGAACUUGGGGCCCAUGUGUAGCGAGGUGCCCUCGCUGGCCGUGUCGCUGGCCCUGGAGGCCAAAGCCAGCCAGCGGGAGCUCACCUCCAGGCUGCUGGCUGACCUGUGUGGGCCUGUUCUGUCCCACAGCGACAUGGAAAACUCCUUUGAUAAACUGCUCCGGGAGCUGCCCGAUCUGGUCCUGGAUACACCCGGAGCCCCACAGUUGGUCGGCCAGUUCAUUGCACGUGCCGUUAGCGACCAAAUACUGUCCAAGAGCUACAUCGAUAGCUACAAAGGCAGGGUUGACUGUGAAUAUACCAGGGCGGCACUUGACCGGGCAGCAGUGCUACUGAAGAUGAGUCUGGGUGGCCUACGUAUAGACAACCAGUGGGGGGCAGGCGGGGGCCAGAGACCGGUCACACAGCUCAUCAAAGAGAUGAACCUGCUGCUGAAGGAGUACAUCCUGUCUGGAGACAGCAAGGAGGCUGAAAGAUGCCUGAGAGAUCUGGAGGUUCCCCAUUUCCACCAUGAGUUUGUCUAUGAGGGGAUAGUGAUGGUGUUGGAGUCCAAAGGAGAGAAAACAUUCAAAAUGGUUCUGCAGCUACUCAAGUCACUCUCUGCCUCCUCUGUUAUCUCUGUAGAUCAAAUGAGAAGGGGCUAUGAAAGGGUUUAUAUGGACAUUGCUGAAAUCAACAUCGAUGUCCCUCGUGCAUACUUCAUCUUGGAGCAGUUUGUUGAUAAGAGCUUCAGUAUGGGAAUCAUUGAUGCAAAGUUAAGAGAUCUUUGUCCUUGUCGGGGUCGGAAGAGAUUUGUCAGCGAGGGAGACGGCGGCGUGGUCAAACUUGAAAGCUACUGAAUAACCAUUUUUAUGUGCCAGAUUUCCUGGAAAGAGGAUAAAGCUACUUUUAUACUUGCAUAUUUUUCAAAAUAGAUGGGUACAGUUAUUUUCCCUUCUAACAGUUAAAAGAAUGUACAUUUGUGAAAUUGAGUUGAGGUUAACAAAAAAAAACUGCACUUUUGAUUGAAACUGAAGUAGAUCACUUUGUCCAAGGUGUCUCAGUAUAAACAUUUACAUAAGCUAGCCCUUAAAGUGCCACACCUCUCAGUGUCAGUCAUUCCAUGUUGUUUUGUACAGUAUUUUCUUGAUUUCACUGCCACUCCUUUUGUGUUUUCUAGAAAGCAGUGUUUGUACAGCGAUGACUGGUUUGUGUCAAGAGCUUUAUAAAGGGGUAUAAAAAAAUAAAAGGGAGCAUGUUGGUAAAAAUGCAAUACUGGCUCCCUAACUAGCUGCUGUUUCUAUGCUGUGCUUGACUCUUUUUCUUUUUACCCUUUAAAUUACACAAAGAUGUCAUUAUUGAAGGUUUCAAGACAUGAGUACAGUGCAAAAACAAACGCCAGUCAGGUAACUUCAAAUGGUGUUUAGAGUGUUUAUUUUUAUAUCUGGGGGAUACUGGUGUGUGAAAUGUACCAUGUAUUGCUCCUUGGUUGUUCAUUAAAUCGCUGUUAAAUAA